CAUUAGCUCUGAGGAUAAAAGAAAGAAGGAAGGCGAGAGAGAUUAACGCAAAUUAAUUACAUUGAAUAUUUUUUUUUACAUUUAACAGCUUACACAGUGUUCUUAAGUUUUAAAAUUUUUUAAUCGCCACUUUCUCAUAUCUCUCCUUUAUGCCAGUUCUCAUGUAAAUAGACAGAUAAAUAAUUAUACUGAUAGAGCUCAUGUAAAUGCACUAUAUUGUAUUUUGUAAUAAAAGUGAUGAUGUCUGUUAUAUUUAGUCGUUUUUGGGAAGGCAUAUGAAUCAUAUUAACAUCAAAUACUGUUGAUUACAUGCAUAUCAACAUUGAGUGGCUGUACAGAAACAUGACUCUUUUUCUAGUAAGCAAAAUAUUUCAAAAAAUGGCAUUCUAUUAUAUGUUAACUUAUGAAGUGUUCAGAGUUAUAAAACUCUUUUUGUCAAGAGUUCUGGUACAUCUAGGACAACACUUAAUUAAUUACCCUUUAGUCUCCAACUAGACAUGGAUUUUCAAAGGGCGUGAGAGUUAAUAGUAAAAAAGUAUUGGAAGACAUAAAUACUUUCUGUUAAUGUGUCCUAACCAUAGUAUGUGUAUUAGUGUGUGUGUGUGGAUACACGUGUGGGUAUAUAUCUUAUUUUUAUUCAUUUUAAAUCAGUUUCUUUUUAGAAGCUACUAGUCAUCACUUUUUAUAAUGUGGCUCAUAUGGUAUAAACCCUAUUGAUUUAUUUUGUAUUAUCUUCUAUUUUAUUAGAUUAUAGUGUACAAUGCAUUGAGCUAUUCCUUUAUAUAUUAUUUAAUUGGGUAAGUAAGCCUGCAGAUGUUGAGCAAAGACCCGUUUCCUACUCUUUCAACAUAAGCAGACAGUAGAUGUUGCCUCUACAAACAAGAUCCUGCGAGGGUCCACGUGUUUACUAUGUCUGGUCAUUCCCUCUCUGCUUCACAACAGACCGGAUGUACGGUCGUCACUGGCAGACCUGAUGGAGGAGAAGAAAGUCAGUCUGGUGAUGAUUCCAUCAAAAUUUACCUUCACUGUGUCUCUGACAGUAAAGCUGCUCUUCUUGUUGGUACAGGAAGCAAUUCUCCUCUUCAAACAAUAGCACAAAAUACAGGUGCGGAUGUGCAGCUUCCAAUUAACUCAUCUUUAGUAGAAAGCAAGACAAUUGUUGUCAUUCGCGGCUCUCACUCUCAGAUCGAAGCAGCAGUCAGCUUCAUCAAUGAACUGACCUCUGUAGAGGAACAGGAAACAGAAAUGGAGAAGUUCUGGCUUCAGUGGGUUGAAAAUGCAUUUCCUGAUCUCGACUCUCGCGCUUACUUUUUCCCUCCUAUACACUUUAACCGUGUACCUAUGACCACAGAUGUUAUUGCUGGUCAGGAAGUUCUGGUCCUUCAAUCAACAUCGGGAGAGGAUGGUCAGCAUAAUCAGCAGGAGAGAAGUCAAUCCAUUGCUUCUGAGAUUUCAAGUUCUCGGCCCACUCGCGUCCAAGACAGUGAUGUCAGAGACGAUGCAGCCCACCACCGGGUCCUUUCUUGUCUUCAGGAAUUAUUUCAAAGAAAAGGAGAAAUCGUGGUUGUAAUAAAUAAACUCAACUUUCAGCAAUACCUGAGUGAACCUUGUUAUAAUGCAGCGGCUGCUCAGCUUCCCCUGCCGGCCAGUCUUUCUCCUUCUCUGCCACGAAAUUGGAAACAGGGAGACUUUGAUUUGCUUUUUAUUCACCGAAACUAUGGCAUUAUUGUCUGUGAGGUGAAAGCUUUCGGAGACAAUGUGACGGAACUUAACAUGACACAGCAAGAUAUAGACAAUAACAUUAGAAAGAAACUAGAAGUCGCCAUGACACAGCUGGACAAGGCGGAGGCCAUGUUGUCUCACCUGGUGUCUGACAUCGCUCCUGGUCUGCGCAUCACUAAGACGAUCGCCGUCCCUAACCUCACUAAUUUCCAAGUACAACAGGCCUUAUCUAAUGACCUGCAUUUGGCUGAGGAAAUGAGUCAAUGUCUGGGGACAGCAGAUCUUGCCGACAUUACUGGUCUUUGUUUGUGCUCCGAUUUGCUGUUUGACCAAAAUACACAGAAGGAGAAAAAGAGCAAAGUUCUCAUUGAACUCGGGAACUGGUGGCAGCGUUGUGUGGCUGGAGCUGGACCUGACAGGUGUAUGACAACAGCUUUGUACAAGAGAUUAGUAGCCAGGUUCUGUGGUCCAGCAACAACAGUGACUGUCCCAUGCACAUCUCCUCCACGUCUGAGUAUCAAGACCCUGGGUCAGGCCGUGUGGUGGACAGGAGAGGUCUACACCGCUCAAAUAGCAUUAUUCCCAGAACAGGUUGACCUGCUGAACACGGCGCCUUCCAAUGCUCACCUUCAAGGACCGCCCGGCACAGGUAAAACUGUGAUGCUCCUGCUGAUGGGACUAAAAUGGCUGAGAUGUGGACACGACGUGGAUGUUCUGAGUUACUCUACACAGAGUCGUGCGGCGAGCUUCAUGUUAUACCACCUGUUGCUAAAGACGGUACAAACGCAGCGGACAGCAGGAGAGACACCCGGUCAGCCUCGACUCCGACUCUAUGAUUUUCACAAAGAUGGCAUCCAAAAAGCAGUAACAGACCUGCUACAGGCGGAGAGAGAAGGGGCGUUGUACAUCCUUGCUGACGAAGAACAGAGGACAACACGUCUCGAUAUGGAAUUGCUGAAACAAGUCCAUCGUCUCCAUAUUUGGUCAGCAAAUCGCUACAGUGGUGGCUGUCGAUCAGAUUGUUCAGUGGAGUAUUUAUCUAGACCUCUUCGCUCUCCGCCGGUUGUCGUAAGGGAAAUCGAAAAGGAUCUCGCAUUUAGAAGACUCGACCCAUUGUAUAGUGAUCGUGAUGUGCCCGACCAUACAGACGGCCCACCAGUCAGACGACUACAUCAUCUUUAUAAUGCUGGCGGUCACACAGAUUUUAGUCCAGUUAGCUGUGCCAAGUGCGGUCAUGAGGUGGCCACGUUUCUGUUUAGUCUCCGAAUUGGUGUUCCAGCAGAGGAUGUCACGGCAACUUAUACGACUGCCACAUCCCAUAGGGAGGCAACAACAUCACGCUGUUUGCAGUGGAGAGACGUGUUGGUGGUGUAUGGUGGAAGUUCUUACCACUCCAAUUAUGAUUUUAAAACAAGCCUUGAGGAUGCGGAUAUUCCAGUGCGUGUGAUAGAGAAGGAUGAUGACUUUGAGGACGUGGCCACUGCCCGCAGUGAUGUGGUGUGGUUUGUUCCUGGAGAAAUUAUUGGCGGUCUUGAGAGAAAAGUCGUCGUCUGUCUGGAGCCUUUUCAUGAUAAGACUCUUUUUCUAUCCCGAUGUACAUCACAACUUGUCAUUAUCUCCGUGCCCCAAAAUUGAUAGCUAGCACAGCUACAUCUGUCUUCUGCAGCUUUAUAUUUGCAUCCUUAACACCAACUAUUACUCCACUUCUUUAGUAAGCUGGAUGUUUGUUGUAAUUGUCAUUAAAGAAACCCGACAAUUGCAUGUUUUUGACGAGGACUCAGCAUAAGAUGUUUACAAGCAUUCAGAAUAACUGGUGGUUGUUUACAGCCGGAGUUAAUGACCUUAGAUGCAUGUCUGUCUUGUUAAAUGUUAAGUGUGAAGGCAAUACGCUAUACGCAUAUUGGCGAGUUGUAUAGCAGUGUAAUUGAAUAUUUUUAAUGACAGGUGACUUUUUUGAAAGUCUGUUGGCAAAUUGUUCCCAUAUUUUUCACAGGCAUGAUGUCGUGGUAAGGGACAUGAGAAAAACGCUAGCCACCUUGUUUGAAAUUGUUCACUGCUAUUUUUGACACACUUGUCUAUCCAGAAAACCAGACACCAUCUAUGAUGACAAAGUCUGAUCUGGCUUUACUAAUUUUGCGACACAUUUAUACAGAUUUAAUAAUAAUUUGAUGGAAAUUUAUACAUGUGCAUUGUGUAUAAUUGGUAGAGAACAUGACCUGUUUGUGCUUGUCUGUGCCUCCCUAGGGUAAGGACGAAAUAAAUCGUAAAUAUUAAAUAAAAUACUAUUAUUUUUAGAGUUUCAUAGCAUAAUGUUUCAUUAGUUAGUUUAUGCAGAAAAUGGUGUAUUUUGUAUUAUGCGUGUUUAAGCCAGAGAAAGCAAUGUCACAAACGUAAAUCUUUUUAUUGAUUUACUUACGAUAUAGCGAUUUAAAAUUCUGUUUUUUACUCUCCGUAAUGUAUGUACAGUGUACGAGUAUAAAUCUUUACACUAAUCCCUUCAAUAGUGUCUAAGGACCUACUGGAAAAAAUAAAAAAUAAAAAAUAAAAAAAUAAAUAAAAGUAAAGGAAAAUAUGCGUAUGCUUGCCUGCGUAUUAACAACAAUAAUGUUUUUAGUGUUGAUGUUUAGAGAAAGGAUAAAAACUGCAUGGCAUGUAUGAGAGUAAAAUUACAACUAGUGCUUUGCCAUGUUGUUCCUCUUCAUUCUGUGAAAAGCUGUAAGGGUGUGUUAUAGACUUUCCGCACAAAAAAUAGGUUUGUGUUGUCUCCUUUAUUUAACCGAAAUACAGUAACUUUGUGCAUGAAAAGGAUGGAUAAAGUUGUUUUCAUCUUGAAUGUUUUGGAUAAUCACUGGGAAAGCAAAAUAUAACAUGCAGGGUAUUAGACAUUAUUUCAGGUUCAAGCACAUUACAGAGAAACAACAAGUAUCAAAAAAUGUACUGUCCUUUUACUACUCAUUUCAUCAGUAUUAAAAUAUCUUUGUUUAUCAGAUGGAGUGUGCAGGGAUUUGAAAUGAAUAUUUGUUUUUAUGGUGGCUGUUGUAUUUAUGGCUAGAACCUGUAUUUAGCUUUUCGAGAUGAUUUCCUUGCAAAUUCUUGAAGGCGCAUUGACCACAAAUUAAAAGGAUUAUCGAAGUUUGUUUUUCCAGAACUUUUCAUGGAACAUUCGUGAUUGUUGUUGUACAGUGCGAAACCUGUAGCAUGAACGAUUUGUAUGAUAAUAUUAUCGCAAACACCCGUUGAAUUUUCAUCUCAUCUCAAAACCUUAGCUAGGUGGAAAAAAAUAUUUUAUUUGUGCAUGUGUAGCUUGAAAGCAUAUGUUAGCAAAUUUGUUUGCUGCUAAUCAGUUCUAAAGUUUUGAGACUGCUAGUUAUAACAUAAGGUGAAUGACUGCUAAGUUUAUAAUUAAUACACUACCUUAACUAUUGUCAUAAUGCAACUUCUUAUUAAAUUCAUCAUUUAAUAGUUGGUAGCAUAGUUGUUAAAAUGUCCUGUUGAUGGACAGUAAGAUGUGUCACACACUCAAGCUCACGCAGUCGUCUGGACAUGCUUUUUUGUUCGUGACAAACACGACAACUAAAUCUGCCUCUUUGGUUCCCCUGUGUACAUUUUAUUAUAUAAACAACAAUGUAUAGCACUUUAUUAAAAGAUACAAUUAAUGUAGAAAAUGAUUCAUCAGUAUACAUCCAUCAGUUACUAUUAUUACUGAAUCAUUCUUUGUUGUUAUUAAUUCAUAGAAUUGUGAUUAGCCAAUUGUCUAACCAAUAAAAUACAAAUUAAUCAAGCUCAA